GCAAAUUCUUUUUCUUUUUCAGAAUGGGACCACAGAAGAAGUGACUUCAGAAGAGGAGGAAGAAGAAGAGAUGGCUGAAGAUAUAGAAGACUUGGAUCACUAUGAGAUGAAGGAAGAAGAGCCUAUUAGUGGAAAAAAGUCAGAGGAUGAAGGAAUUGAAAAAGAAAACUUAGCAAUACUAGAGAAAAUUAGGAAGACUCAAAGGCAAGACCAUCUCAAUGGUGCAGUAUCUGGGUCUGUGCAAGCUUCAGAUAGACUUAUGAAAGAGCUCAGGGACAUAUACAGAUCACAGAGUUAUAAAGCAGGGAUUUAUUCAGUGGAACUCAUAAAUGACAGUUUAUAUGACUGGCAUGUUAAACUGCAGAAGGUUGAUCCUGAUAGUCCUUUGCACAGUGAUCUUCAGAUCUUAAAAGAAAAAGAAGGCAUAGAAUAUAUUUUGCUUAACUUCUCUUUUAAGGAUAACUUUCCAUUUGAUCCUCCGUUUGUUCGAGUGGUGUUACCUGUUCUCUCAGGAGGGUAUGUGUUGGGUGGUGGAGCACUAUGUAUGGAACUUCUCACAAAACAGGGCUGGAGCAGUGCCUACUCAAUAGAAUCAGUUAUCAUGCAGAUCAAUGCCACAUUAGUCAAAGGCAAAGCCAGAGUGCAGUUUGGAGCAAACAAGAAUCAAUAUAAUCUAGCAAGAGCCCAACAAUCCUAUAAUUCCAUUGUACAGAUACAUGAGAAAAAUGGCUGGUACACCCCUCCGAAGGAAGAUGGCUAAAUAUGUUGACUGCUAUGUUUGGACCAAUGUUGCUUUAAAGAAAAUCUUUCCAACAUGCAGACACAAGCUUUGAGUGCCCCUUAACAGCAGUACCGAAGACGUUAGCUAAUAGAUAUUUUAGUGGAUAAUCUGUCAAUUGACAUCCAGUAUGAGUUACAGCCUUUUCAUUUUGCUCAUUUUAGGUAUCUUGGACUGAGCAGUGGGGCCUUUACUGUAUUUUUUUUGAUAAAUACACAUACUGGCCACUCAUGAUCUCUUUUUCUUGAAAAAUCUGUUAAGCAGACAAGUCAGCAUCAGGUUACAGAAGUUGCGACUAUAUGGUAACUUCCCCAUACUGAGCUCAUGUGUUACGAGGACUUGCAAUAUACUGUUCCUUUUAGAGCCAAUAAAAGUUAAAUUGAUGUUUGAUAUUGGUUUAGAAAGUUUAAGGUCUUCUAAAUCACAGUAGCUUUUUCAAAUUAAAAUCAUUUUUUGAUAUUGCCAAAAUAAUGACAGGAAACCUACUCAUUAAAUCAUUAAACUUUUUAUGGCUAGGUGAAGAUACAAAUUGUUUCCCGAAGAUACGCUCUUAAUUGAGUUGUAUUGUACUUUUUAGGCAAAGCAAAGGCUGUGUAAAUUAAGUAGUAAUUUCCACUGGGGCAUCAGAGUCUUGCUGGGCUGAAUCUGCUUCUUGUUGGUUCAGUAUUUCUUAUGAAGAACUGCAGUAAGAGCUUGAAGUUAUUUAAAAUACUAAAUCAUUUUAUUUUACAUUUCCAUUUUAUUAACGGGAUGUUGCAAUCAUUUUUAAACUAAUAAACUUGUUAAGUGAUUGGCACAAAGACAGAAUCCUUGAGCAAAAGCUGCACAGUGAAGUACAAAAAGAUAUCUAAUUUGGAGACUCAAAAAAAGUUUUGCUAUAGUCAUAACAAUGGCUUUUGCAUUGAAAGACUAAUAGGAACUCUACAUGUCCAUUCUUUUAUAAAACCUGACUCAAAUCAGUGUACCUCUAUUUUAUUGCCUUACCUGAAUCAGUCCUGUUUGGUUGGUGAUAGAUUUUUUUUUUUUCUACCCGAGUUUGAUUUAAAAGUAAACUCUAGUUAUUAAGCACUUUUAAAAUGAAAUCCAGAAGCACAUUUUCUGCACAUACAAGUUACAAAAUUCAAAAGUGUUUCCUACGCAUUUGCUCUAAGUUUCAGUUUUUAACUUUGUAAACCACAUCAGAGAAACUUGGCACUUCUGCAUUAUUGUGUGUGUUUAAUUUCUUUUUGUUCUAUUUUGGUUAAGAGGACAGUAGAAAAAGAUUUUCUGGCAUUUUUGUUUACUUGGUUACAUUUGUAUAAAGUUCUGAUUGCCAGUUGCUGAGAUAGUAAGUGACCAGGCAGAAUUCUUUAAAGCAUUAAAGUUCCUUAAACCUAAGGCUAAAUCUUGAAUACAUUAUUGAAUUCUUUAAUAUCCUGAUGGCUAGCAGAUUGACAGCUGCAUAUAUGGCAUGCUUUGUUUUUUUGGGUUUAUUUUUCAUUGCAGAUUUAUUUGGCAAUGUACAGUAAAUUUUGUAAACUUGCAUCAAGUUUAUGAAUAAAGAACCAUUUAAAAAAUAA